AUGUUAACGAACAAUGCAAGGUCUGUUAAGCGAAUUCUAAGCACCAAAGAAGCAGUUGGGGUUGCAUGCCAACGAACUUUUGCGACUGGUAAAGCAAAGAAAGGAUCUAAAGGGGGUGGACCUUCGGAUGCGGCCAAAACAUCAACUCUUAGCAAAGAAGUCAAGGCAAGUACAGUCGUAGGUUCCAACAUUCUCAAGAAAGGAACUGAUCCAAAAAUCCUGCCUGCUGCAAACUACCCUGACUGGUUGUGUCAGCUGCUUGAUAAACGCCCUGCAUUAAGUGAAUUACGUAGGAAGAAUAUCGAAACACUCCUUUAUGGAGAUCUAAAACGGUAUGUUAAGCUGGAUAGUCGAGCCAAGAUCAAGGAUAAUAACUCUCUGAAGGCAAAGAACUGA